GUAACAGAUUUCGGUACAACACCGGAAAUGACGCCGGAGAUGGCUCACAGUCUGACAGCUCCAGUUGGUGAGGAGGAAACAAGUAGGAGGGUCUCCGACUAAAAACAGUCGGCAAUUUAACGCCAGCUUGCGGAGUGGUGUAAAUAGUGCGUGGCGAUGGGCAACACAAGUGACAGAGUGUCGGCAGACCGCCAUGGGGCCAAAUCCCACCGUUCAGACAGUGCUGGGGGUCACAAGGACCAUGAGCACAGCAGCAAGAUGGUGGACAGCACUGACGACCCAAACAUCUUCAACACUCACGGGCCAGACUCCAAGAUGUUAGGAGAGAAAGAAUUUACUCCAGACUUGGACGACCUGGUGAAAACUGUCUCUCAGGCUCGACCCACGGUCAUUCGCUGGGCUGGUGGGGGAAGGGAGGUCUGCAUCGCUGGCUCCUUUAAUAACUGGAGCACCAAGAUACCGCUCAAUAAAAGCCACAGGGACUUUGUAGCAAUCCUGGACUUGCCCGAAGGCGAGCACCAGUACAAGUUUUUUGUGGACGGACAGUGGGUGCACGAUCCCUCAGAGCCAGUGGUGACAAGCCAACUCGGCACCAUCAAUAACCUGAUUCAGGUGAAGAAGUCCGACUUUGAGGUGUUUGACGCCCUGCAGGUGGACUCUCUGGAGUGUUCGGAUACAUCAGAUCUGUCCAGCUCCCCUCCAGGUCCUUACGCACAGGAUCAGUACGUGUUUAGACCCGAGGAACGCUUCAAGGCUCCGCCCAUACUUCCCCCUCACCUUCUUCAGGUCAUACUCAACAAGGACACUAAUAUCUCUUGUGACCCCGCCCUGCUGCCUGAACCCAACCACGUGAUGCUGAACCACCUGUACGCGCUCUCUAUAAAGGACGGCGUCAUGGUGCUGAGCGCAACUCAUCGGUACAAGAAGAAAUACGUCACCUCUUUGCUCUACAAGCCCAUCUAAGCCUCGCCUUUGGGAAAGCGUCGUGAUAUUGUUUUGUUUUUUUUGUCAUUUAGCCAAAUUGUGCACUUGAACCAAGUUCACGGCAUCUGUUACAACAUGGCAGCGGGCGUGGCCGAGUCUUGCAGCCUUACUGUCUACAUUUUGGGCUGAACACAAGAUGAUUGAACCUGUGUGAGUGUGUGUGUUUUCUUGUAUUUCUACCCUUCUUGAGACAUCAACAAGGAAAAGUACCUUCCAUAUGAGGAGGUGUGAACAAGUCAGGACAUAAAUCAUGGUCCCAAUACUGGAAAACCAUUGCAUCUAAUAGAGAAUGUCUCAUUUGCACCCCUGGUGGUGAAAUCUAUCAAAAUUAGGGUGGUCCCAAAAAAGUGCUCCCCCACUGGUCAACAUAUGAAAUAAGUGUGUGUAAAAAAUUGAAGUGCUCCCCCUCUGGCCAACUUAUGUAAUACCAAGUGUGUGUGUAAGAAAUUGAAAUGCACCCCCUUUGGCCAAAAUUAAUUAAAAUAAAUAUGUAUAUAGAGACAUACUGCAUACUGUUAUCAGUAGCCAGAGGAGCCUGUUCAGUGCUAGACUUCUUCAUCCCAAGUGCAGGACUAGUAGACUAAAAAAUUCCUUUGUCCCACACGCCAUCAGACUGUACAACUCCUCUCUAGAGGGUAAGAGGGGUACUAGGAUGACAGGGGAUGCAAAACAAUAACAGUGCAAUACUUUUUCAUAACAUGGUCACUACCGCCUAGUUUCUCUUGUUAUAUUCUUAUUUUUACUGUUAUAUUUUUGUCUUAUUGUUUAUUUUUAUUUUUAUUCUUAUUGUAAUAUUUUCUAUUUUAUUUACAUUUAUACCCCCAUUAUCUACUUUUUAACUUUUUAAAUUCAAUCUCAAUUCUGUACACGGCUGCUGGAAUUUUAAUUUUCCUGAGGGAACUCUCCUGAAGGAAUCAAUAAAGUACUAUUCAUCUAUCUAUACUGUAAUAACUCGAAGUAAAUAAUAAAAAUUAAAAAACAACUACAAACAAAAAAUUCAGAAAAAAAAAAUUAACUAAAAGCUUACCUUUUUGAUAUUUGCAUAGUAUGUAUAUAUUGUUAAUGUUGUAAAUACAAAUCUUUAUGUAUCUAGAAAGGGUGGUCAUAAAGAGAGGCAUUUUUCGGAGGUCUCAAGAAGGUAACAAAUACAAGAGUUGUAUUGUGUUGUUUGUGUGUGUGUGUGUUACUUUGUGUUGCUGGAGCAUAAAGUGCAAUAUUAAUAAGUCAUUUACUGUAUGUAGAAUAGUAACCACCUUUUAUCUAUGCAGUGUGCCGCAGUGCAAUUACUUUAUUCCUUGGGUGCUUUUAUAGUAUUUAUUCUGUUCCACGUGUGCAUUCACCGACAACAAGGUGUACCAAUCACAGCAUUUUUUGCUUUUCACAAAUUUUGAAAAUACGAUGAAUGUAGAAUCAUGUUUAUAGAGUGUGGACAACUUGAGUUUUACAGCUAUUUUAUGAAUGUUUCUACAUGCUUUGCAGUUUUAAGUGUGAAGUUCAGUUUGUGAAAAGUUUUAUUUGUUUAAAAAAUAAAGAGGGAAAAGUUUUAUUAGA